CGUGCAAGAAAGACUGGUGUUUGAGCCAUGACACGCCCCCUGCAGGCUCUGUAUAUCUCAAACCAGCCGGACUCUCUUCAGCUUCCUCUCCAGUCUCGUAAAAAUCACCGAGAAGUUCAAAGAAACGUCUUCUUCUCUGGUGCAGCAGCAGUCGUUUUCUCAUGUAAGCAUACUGCCUCCACCAGGCUCAGUGCCUUCAGAGAAACUGCACUGUCAAGGGUGCUGGACGACCCUUCUAGAUUUAAGAUACGUUUUUCUGGAUUACUGUAAGAUCAAAUAUUUGUACGUUUAGUUACAUUCAGAUAGCACUGACACAGCUGUUAAAGUACAUAUAAGCAUGAACAGAGACAGGGCUAGAAGCUUGUCAUUGUGCAGAUGUUGAGAUACAGAAGCAGAUGCUGGUAAAAAACAUUAUCGGAUUGAUAGACAGUAUCAGUAUUUCAUUGUUUGUUUAAACAUUUAUUUAAUUUAAUUAGAAUAUAUCGUAAAAGCAUAGUUUUUAGGUGAAAUCCUGUCAGAAUUAAGUGUCCUGUAUCUCAGUGAACUCGUUAUUUUAACUGUAGAGCUCAACAGUAAACCAGCAGGUUUACGAGAAACAAUACUCGUAAUGCGGAAGUAGGAAGUAAAUGAAACAAAACAUUUACACCUUUAGGACUACGAUGACAACUGGACCUUUGUGUAGGUUACUUUUGGUUUUAAUGCCAUAAAUUAUUAUUGACGCGGGGCGGUUAAAACGCUGAAGUGACUGUAACUACUCUCUGGGGACUAACAGUUUCACCUGUAAAUAAGUUCUUAAUUUGUGCUUGAAGUCAACAAAUGCACUGCGAUUAAAAUGUAAGGCUACUGUGAGAGACCGGUGCAUGUUCGCGUCUUUGCGGUCCGUAGGAGAAUACGCACCUGCUUCAGACACAGGUAAUGUGUUUUAUAGCUACUUGACGGACCGACACUAAAAAUACUUGCCAUGGAUGUCCUUCUGGCUGCGAUAGAGAUACUGACGGACCCAUCCGGACAUCCAGAGCACUUGACGAAUGAAGAGAGGCCAGAUCCAAGCCCACCAUCUUGUGAUCACCCCAGCAGCGUGUGUGGCAUUUGUGUGGAUCUAAAAAAAGAUGAGGGUGUUAAGGAUGAGGAAGUCUCUGACAUGCGUCCGGCCAGCCAAGAUUCAACCAAACAAGAAACUGGUAAAAGGAAAAGAAGUUGCUCAAGAAAGAGCACAAAAACAGGAGUUCGCUCUAACAAAUCAAAUCACCAUUGCUUGAAAUGCGGACAAAGCUUCAAAACGUCAGUUCACUUUAAAAGACAUAAACUAGUUCAUUCAGGAGAGAGGCCUCAUGGUUGUCCUGAAUGCGGCAAGAGGUUCAUUACGUUGUCUGAACUGAAAGUACAUCUGCGUGUUCACUCAGGAGAAAAACCCUACCACUGCUCCGAAUGUGGAAAGAGCUUUGCUCAGUCAGGGUCCUUUUCUAAUCACCGCAGGCUUCAUAGAAAUGAAAAACGCCAUCACUGCCCUGAGUGUAACAAGGGUUUCCAGCAACUUAUAGAUCUACGAAUUCACCAAAGGAUUCAUACGGGAGAGAAGCCAUACAUGUGCUCACAGUGCUGGAAGGCUUUUACUACAUCCGGAGCGUUACGAGUUCAUCUACGAACCCACACUGGUGAAAAACCUUAUGAGUGCAAAGAGUGCGGGAAGACGUUCUGCCAGCUGGGCGGACUUAAAGUUCACAGACGUGUUCAUUCAGGAGAGAGGCCUUACGUGUGCUCUGUGUGUGAGAAGCGCUUCAAGGGACAUGCCAAUUUGAUCACACACAAGCGCAUUCACACUGGAGAAAAGCCUUAUCGAUGCACUGUAUGCAACAAGGCGUUCACCGACAGCAGGAGGCUAAAAGAGCACCAGCCACCUCAGUCAGUAGAGAAACUGUUCCGCUGCGGCGUGUGUAGUGAAGCUUUCGGCGCUUUCUGUCAACUUAAAGAACACCAGCAGUGUCACAAAGGAGAGAAGCACCAUCACUGUACUGAAUGCGGAAAGGCCUUCACGCAUUUAUAUUUACUGAGGAGUCACCAGCGUGCACACUCAGAUGAGAGACCAUACUCCUGCGCUGAAUGUGGAAAGUGCUUCCGCCGGUCAUUUGACCUGAAAAUGCACCUGAACACUCACAGUGAAGCACGACCUCAUCUUUGCUCUCAGUGUGGAAAGAGCUUCCGCAGGGCUGCAGAGCUUAGGAUACAUCUGAGAGUACAUACGGGAGAAAAGCCUUAUCCCUGCUCUGUCUGCGGCAUGGGCUUCAAACAGACAUCACAACUCAAAGUGCAUGAGCGCACUCACACAGGAGAAAGGCCUUUCCCCUGCACGGACUGUGGGAAGACCUUCAAAGACAAGAGAAGCCUGCUAACACACCAGAGAGUGCACCAUAAAUAAAGACAUUCUUCUAUUAUUAUAAUAUACAGUAUAUACAUUUGGAAAAUACCGUAUAUUACUGAGUGCUGAAAUCACUUUGGUCACAGCAGGGGAAUUUUAACUUGCUGAUCACAUUACAGUAUGCUCUAUACUACUCUGUUGGUUGUAAGACUGUAUUGGGUAAAUGCAAAUUGCUUAAGAUUUUAUUCUUGCUUGUGUCUUAAACUGUCCACUCAAAGAUGUUUUUGGGAGUAUGUUCAGGAAUCUCAUAUAUUUUAUUCAUUAUUUAUACAUCUAGGGUUAUUCAGCAAGAAAUUAGCUGUCUGACCUUUCUUUGAAGAGAAAUUGAUUAUGAAUUAUUAAGGGUUUUAUGCAGGUGGGACUUGUUUGUACCGUUCAUAAAAACAGUGAAGUAUUUGAAUUUAAUAUAAAUAAAAGAUUUCUAUUAUCUGAUAUAUAAUUUAUUUUCUUAUUCUAAUGAUUAAAUCAUGCUGAAAUAGACUUUAUUUUAAAUUUUUAUACAAUGUAAACACUUAUUUUUUAUAUGUAUUAUAGAACAGUUUGUCUUAAUCACAUACCUUUACACAAAUAAAUUUCUCUUUCACCUA